GACUGCAACAGUGAGAGAGAGGGUGUGAAAAAACUGAAGCACUGGAUCAGAUAGCAGACAGGAGAGAGAGAGAGUGAGAGAGAGAGAGAGAGAGAAAGAGAGAGAGAGUGGGGAUCCACUGGUCGCACUGAAACACUGGAGAAGAACACAAGAAAUCCUGAAGCCUCAUCACAGCUUAACUGUGCAUUAGCACAUCAGACCAACACUACGGGAACAUUACUGGAACAUUUUGCAAGCUUUUGGAGGGGAUUCUAUUUACCACGUUCAGUGAAGACCCCUCUUCUACUGUGUGUGCGUGUGUGUGUGUGUGUUUGUGAAUGUUUGUGUGUCUCGCUGUGGGCACCGCUGAGGAUGAGGACCUUGCAGGACUACCAUAGGAUCUCCUUGACUUUAAAGAAGUGGUUCUACCCACAGAGGAACCCUUGAGGAACUCGGAGGAAUCAUGCUUUAACUUGACCCCCGAGCGAGAGAGAAAGCGAGAAGCCCCCUUUUCCAUCUACAUCCACACUAUCGCACACACAUUACACAGACAUACGGGUGGGCAAAAGGUCCCUGUGUCCUGUGCAGUGAUUGGUGAAGAGACAGGGAGGCCUGGCAUUCCAUCCAUUGGUUUGUCCUGAUCGAGCAGAGUGGCAUGAGUGUGGGCAAGUCCCACAGGUACAGUGUUGUGUCAUCGUCGGAGGAGGACGUCCAUCGCCACGGCAACAUGCCCGCCCUUGGGAAUGGCUUUGGAAACGGCAAGAUCCAGACACGGCGGAAGGCACGCAGCCGCUUUGUCAACAAGACUGGCCAGUGCAACGUUAGCUUCGCUCACAUGGAAGAGCAGUCACAGCGCUACCUGGCUGACAUCUUCACCACCUGUGUGGACAUUCGCUGGCGCUGGAUGUUUGUCCUCUUCUCCCUUGCGUUCAUUAUCUCCUGGUUGGCAUUUGGGUUCAUCUUCUGGGUAAUUGCCCUCAUGCACGGCGACAUGGACAGAACUUCUGGGGAUGACUUCACGCCCUGUGUCAUGCAGGUCAACAGCUUCGUUGCGGCCUUCCUGUUCUCGGUUGAGACACAGACCACGAUUGGCUACGGCUUCCGCUGUGUGACGGAAGAGUGCCCGAUGGCCGUGUUCAUGGUGGUCGUGCAGUCCAUUUUGGGCUGCAUCAUUGACUCCUUUAUGAUUGGCGCCAUCAUGGCCAAAAUGGCACGACCCAAGAAACGUGCAGAGACCUUGCUGUUCUCCCACAAUGCCGUGAUUGCCAUGCGGGAUGGCAAGCUGUGCUUGAUGUGGCGAGUAGGGAACUUGCGGAAAAGCCACAUAGUGGAAGCCCAUGUGCGAGCACAGUUGAUCAAGCCAAGGGUGACAGAAGAGGGCGAGUAUAUUCCUCUUGACCAGAUUGACAUCAAUGUAGGGUACGACCAAGGCCUGGACCGUAUCUUCCUUGUCUCACCCCUGACCAUCAUCCAUGAGAUCAAUGAGGAAAGCCCUCUUUUUGGAAUCAGCAAGCAGGAUCUGGACAAUGCGGACUUUGAGAUUGUGGUGAUCCUAGAGGGCAUGGUUGAAGCCACAGCGAUGACAGCUCAGGUGCGCAGCUCUUACUUGGCCAGCGAAAUCUUAUGGGGCCAUCGCUUUGAGCCAGUGGUGUUUGAGGAGAAGAACCACUACAAGGUAGACUUCACGCACUUCCACAAGACUUAUGAGGUGCCCUCCACACCAUGCUGCAGUGCCAAAGACAUUGAGGAGAGCAAGUCUUUGCGGUCCAGUGCUAACUUCUGCUAUGAGAACGAGCUGGCCUUCAUUAGCAGGGAAGAAGAGGAGCAAGAAGACAGGAGGGGGGAAAGGGGAGCUGAGAUGGAAACCCUAUCAACUAACCUCAACAUUGACCAGAGACCAUAUCAUAGAGAGUCAGAAAUAUGAUCUCAGAUACCUUUGACCUUCACCUCUAGAGACUUUCUUUUAAAGUAGAUCCAGCCUGUCCCUUUAGUUUUGGCUAUGAUGGAAAGACGCACAGCAAAGCAAGUGCCAUAUGAACGUUUGACCCUUAUGACGUAGUGCAAUGCUGUAGUCAAGGGCAGGCAAGCUAUGUCCAUGACUGUUGUGACUGGAUGGCCUUCCUGUAGGAAAACUUGAAAUAGGAGUAUUUGUUUCAUAUUGUAGUUUGAAGUGAUAGCUUUAAGUGAUAUCAUAAUGCAAUAUUGAGCUAACCUGGGUGCUAAACUUGGUCUGAGACUUACUUUUAGGCUAUAGUCUCUUGCUUUGGUAGAAUCUCUAUACUCUCAAGUCAAGCAUUCAUCAGCAUCAUACUCAUUAAUAGAUCACAAUCCACUUUGGUGUAACCUGCAGCAAUAAAUAUAAGCCAUUCUAUGUGUUUUGUAUAACUUAGCCUAACUCAGCGGUUAGUCUUUAACAUAUGGUGAAAAUACUCAGUCAGGGGUCUCAAAUUACAGCCAGCUUUAUAUGGCCUGCCACAUCCUUAAAUCUGUCCACAAGUUUUACAUUCGAUGGGAAGACAUCAACCAACAAGAUCAGCAUAUGUUUAUGUUCACGUUGUGAAAAGUAAAUAUAGUACUCCUUGCAAAAGGAAACAUUCAAACGAAAACCUGACACUAAGCAGGUAUGGGUGCAAUUUAGAUAUAACUAGUAUAGGUUAGACAUAACUAAAUAGUUUAGUUUACAACAUAAGGGUAACAUGUUAGAUAAAAAGAAAACGUUUAAAAAUAAACAGUUAACAUUCAACUACAUGGGAAACUUUUUCCCAGGCCUCUUGGAGGAGACCAGCUAGCCUGUGCCUCCAAGGUAAUUUGAGUUUGAGACCCCUGCUCAGAGCUAUUUUUGUUUGUUUAAUGUCAUAGCAUAUAUCAUAAAAACACUCUCCGACAUUUUGGGUUUUCUUAACCCUAGAGUGCUUUUUGGUAAACAGGAUCUGUCAAACAGGAUUCUUUAGGCACGGCUCAUUUGAAAAGGUCAACAGCAGCACUCAUAUUAUCAAAGGGAAACACUGAAUAUCUGUUAACUUACAGUGAACAAGGUGGCACCCAGGUUAGCAG